AUGGAAGAAAGGCAAACGAUAUGGGAUGGGCUACCGGAUGUGGAGGGUUAUAUCUCGACAAGACACCCGUCUUCGUUUUAUAAACGACAGCACCAUCAUGAAGAGAGACGGGCGUUCACUACUGGCUGGAUGUAUCAAGCCAGCACUCCGACAGUUGUUGAUAUUUGUAAUAUCCUCGAUCCUGGGCCCCCUCCACUCCCUCCACUCGAUACACCACCCUGGACCCGAAGUUAUACCACGGAACCCUUUGUCUUCCUUGACUUAAAUGACGGGAGUAGAAGGACAGUGCCACUGAGGUUCCAACCACCUCCAGCUCCGCAGUUUGGUGGCCCAGCCCAUUUUAUGACCGGGCAUGGACAAGGUUGGGGCGAGAGGGGUACCAGCGAGCAUAUGUUUGUUGACGAGGACGAUGACGAGUACAUGGUUGAAGUCGACGGAGAAGACGAUGGGUCAAGCGUGGAGGAGAUAGGUGAUGCCGAGACGGUUAUGGAUGGUCAUCAGGGGCCUGGUUUAAGGGGCUCGUUUGAGAUAUUGAUGAGAGCGACGGGGAAAAGGAAGAUGAUGAGACGUGACCGCCUUGAAUUUGAACGCCUGGGGAGUACCGUUGCGGAGAUAAUGGAGUACCUUGUAGAGGAGAGGCAGGGGAGUAAGCGGGAACAAGAAACCGGAAGCCAUCACUUUGAUGGAGGCCAAACCCGAAGGCCUAGCAUGGACAACCCGCAUCCAAACCCGCCCAAGUCUAUCGAAGAUUACAACACUGCAUGGAAGGCAAUUUCCGAGAGCAAAGACAUCUCAAAUGAUCAGCAUUCAGUCAUACCAUGGCCGACUAGCAGCCUCAGGGCAAGCCUUCUAUCCCGACAUCAACAGCAACGACGAGGGAUCACAAAUCAUCGUCGACUACCGAAGGAGAUCAGUGAGGAUAUCUUUCAGCUCAGGAAGUGGAAUGCUUUCUGCUUCUUCGUGCAGGCAUUCGGUCUAUACCCAACCUAUAUACAUGCGGAUGGUAUCCGGAGAGGGAUGUCUGCCCCUGAAGAGCCACGGGAGGGUAUAGUGUUUGAUAUCCGGAUACAGGGGGCCUCACGGGCCAAACUCAACGCCCUAAAGGCACAGAUGGUACAGGACAAGCUGAGAUGGCAUCCGGACAGGCUAAAGAGGCAUGCUGGUGGAUUCACGGGGGAUGAAGAAGAGGCCGCAAAGGCUGUUCUGAGCGCCGUUCUGGACAGUUCAAAGGCAUGCAACAGAUGCUUAGAACUGGUAGGCCGGGGACGCUAA